AUGUCAGCCGAAAGAAGCACGGAUAUCAACGGCAAGGCGCCAGUCCACCAACCUACGGACUCUGCCCGCGAAGCAGGCUUGGUUAAUGUGCAACCAGCGCGCCUGGGCGAUCUGCAACCCAAAUACGCGCAGCAAAUCCAGCAUGGUGAUGAAAAUCCCGAUGCGCAUGGGUGGUACGCGUCAUUCAUUCACGGACUUGGAGAAUGCAUCGGAUGUCUGGGUGCUAUUCCAUGCUGCAUCUGCUGUCCCAAUCCAUUCAAACCAGUUGCACAAGGUGAAGUUGGCUUGAUCACAAGAUUUGGACGAUUCGAACGCUCCGUCGACCCCGGUCUGGUUAAAGUGAAUCCGCUGAGCGAGCACCUUACGGCGGUGGACGUUAAGAUCCAAAUCGUCGAAGUACCCCGCCAGAGUUGCAUGACCAAGGACAACGUCAACCUAAACCUGAGUUCUGUGAUUUACUACCAGAUCAUCUCUCCCCACAAGGCCGCAUUCGGUAUUUCCAAUGUACGACAGGCGCUUGUGGAGCGCACUCAGACUACACUGCGUCAUGUCAUCGGUGCGAGAGUUUUGCAAGACGUAAUUGAACGUCGUGAAGAGAUCGCUCAGUCGACCUCGGAGAUAAUUGAGGACGUUGCUGCUGGAUGGGGUGUCCAGGUUGAAUCCAUGCUUAUCAAGGACAUUAUUUUCAGCAGCGACCUGCAGGACUCACUUUCUAUGGCGGCGCAAUCCAAGCGUAUCGGUGAAAGCAAGGUCAUUGCUGCUCGUGCUGAAGUCGAAUCCGCCAAACUGAUGCGUCAGGCCGCUGAUAUCUUGUCCUCCGCGCCUGCGAUGCAAAUCCGCUACCUUGAGGCAAUGCAGUCCAUGGCUAAGACAGCCAACAGCAAAGUAAUCUUUUUGCCGGCAAUGAACCAGACCGUGCAGCAACAGAUGGCUACGGCUGAAAGCGCUGGCGAGGGACCUAGCCGGUACGGACAAGCCGAUGAUGGAUUCCAGCGUGCAAUGAAUGCGCGCGUGGUCGAAGAUAUCUGA